AUGACGCAGAAAGAUACCUACUCUGUGUGUAUUCCCCGGAGGACAACUGUACCUCUGUACUAUACUCCAUACAUCCAUACAGUACCCCGCAUGAAGAGCAGCCGAAAGGCGCUUUGGCCGACGAUCACUGAUCGUACGCACAUCAUCCACCUGGACCAGUGGCCGGCGCCGACAACACUGGCUGGAUCAUGCAGCCCCGGUGGGCCAGCCGCACCUAUCAGAAACCCGCCAGCCUUGCCAGAUGCCAACAGCCACUCGGGCCCUUCGCCCAGGAACGCUCCGGCCUACCGCUGGCCUAUGGUGUUCCGCCGCGGUACUGAUGUAUCGUCACCUUUUCCCCCUCCCGAGUCAUACCCGAUCGUCCCUUAUCGUCACCACCGCCUCAAUCCCGAGCAUGACUGGCGGUUGGAUUCUCCUGGUGUGCCACGUCCUGAAGUACUCUUCGCCUCCCCACCAGGUGCUUGUCCACUCACCCCAUGA